GUUAUAACAAUUUGUCGCUUAUCAACUGCGUUGCUCAACCAGUCGUGGAUAGCGGGUUGCACGGAGAUUGUGUCCCAAAAUAACUUAGUUUAUAAACUCUUACAAUGAGAUACAACGAACUUGGAAAUACUGGGCUCAAAGUUUCUCACAUAAGCCUUGGGGGUGCAGCUUUUAGCAACAUUUAUGGGUCAUACGAGGAACAGAGAAGCUUAGAUUUAAUACGAGAAAGCCUCAAAUGCGGUGUCAAUUAUUUAGAAACUGGUCCUUGGUAUGGACAGGGCAGCUCCGAACGGACUAUUGGAAAGGCGCUUGUUGGCAUCCCGAGAGAUACGUACUUCAUCGCCAGUAAAGUGGGGAGAUAUGAGAAAACAACAGAAAGAAUGUUUGACUUCUCUGCAGAGAAGACAGAAGCUGGCGUCGAUAACACGCUCCGACUUCUCGGUUUGGAUUACGUGGAUUUGAUUCAGGUACACGACCCAACCUUCGCUCCGGACAAUUCUGUAGUAUUAAAGGAAACUUUACCAGUACUGGAAAAGGCAGUAAAGGAUGGCAAAGCGCGAUACAUCGGUCUCGCCGACUACGACAUAGAUUUGAUGAAGGAAAUUAUUGAAGAAUCCGACGUGAAGAUAUCGAGCAUCCUUUCGUAUUCAAAAUCGACUUUAUUCGAUAACCGACUGCAGAACUACACAAAGUAUUUCAAAAGUCGAGGUGUGGGAGUGAUCAACGCAGCGGCGACAGGCAUGGGCCUCCUCACUAAUAAGGGACCGCAACCGUGGCACCCGGCUAGUGACGACAUCAAAGCGCUUUGUAGACGCGCCUCGGAAUAUUGCAAGUCGCUCACGAGCGGAUCACUGUCUCAGGAACACAACGUCGAGUUAGCGCGCGUAGCUACGUGGUUCACUCUCAACCAACCAGACAUAGACACCAACGUGUGUGGGUUUUUCAAUGUGGAUCAGCUCCGAGAUACGGUGGAUGUUCUUGAAAAAGGACUCACGGAACACGAGAUGAGAGUCUUGGCUGAAUUGCAGACCAGAUUUUUCGACAAAGUCACUUUGCAUUGGGAUGACAUAGAGCUACCCGCAUAUAAGGAGAAAUUAAACAAAUUAAUGUAUAAAUAAGAUAUUUAUUAUUACGUUUAAAUACUUAUUUAUUUGCGUAAUGUAAAGUUUAAUCGUAUAGUUUUAAAUAGAUUAUUAAUAAGUAACAAUUACUCAUCUACUUGCAUUUAUAAGUGUAUAAAAUAUUUAAGUUUUAACUAUCCUAUUAUAUUACUUGUAUUAUGUACAAAUAGCUGCAAUAUAAUCUGCACUUUAAAUUCUCAUUUAAAUAUUAUUAAUUUCAUGUGAUUUAUAUGUAGUUAAUAUUAAUGUACGCAAUGUAUCUAUAACCUCACUGCUGCUGUCAUAUUAAAUGUUAUUAUUGUAAGGCAAA